UCAGGUUGUCCUAUGACACGUUUGCUCAGCAAACGUUCAUAUGCACCAUAGGCCUAUUUUAGUUUCGUUUCGUUUCCUGGAUUUUACAAAAGCUCAGCACAGCCUGCUUCCACAUUGAGUUGCGUGCAGCCUCUUGAGCGAGUCGUGUGUCACUUCACUCUCAGCAACGGUUAGUCGGCCUGAUCUCCAGCCACCAUGAAGUGCGGACUUUUGUUUUUGGUUGUUUUGUGCACUGCUGCUUCGGUUGCUGAGGACUUUAUAAAAAGCAUCCCUCCUGCCCCGGCGAUCGCUGAGUUCCAGUUCAGCACUCCUCAAGUGGGGCCCGAAGAGUUGGCAAACACAAUGGAGCAGAAGAAGAAGACAACUAAACGGCACACCACGAAACCAAAGCCAAUCACCACGACAACGAUAAAGCCCACCACAACGACUGCAAAGCCCACCACAACGACUGCAAAGCCCACCACAACGACUGCAAAGCCCACCACAACGACCGCAAAGCCCACCACAACGACUGCGAAGCCCACCACAACGACCGCAAAGCCCACCACAACGACUGCGAAGCCCACCACAACGACCGCAAAGCCCACCACAACGACUGCGAAGCCCACCACAACGACCGCAAAGCCCACCACAACGACUGGAGAGCCCAACACAACGACUGCAAAGCCCAACACAACAACUUCAAAGCCCACCACAACCACUGGGAAGCCCACCACCACCGUCAAACCGGUGCCUCCCACACCAACACCUUCUGCCCACUUGAUCAUGGGAAAAUACAACAUCACCAAAAACGGCUCCAUAUGUCAGCUGGCUCAAAUGGCUUUACAGAUCCGCCUGGUGUCUGACAAGGUCAACGGAACCUUUAUUGUUCAGCCAGUCCUGACGAAAACAACCACUUCAGCUUGUCAGGAAAAAACUGCCUCUCUUAACAUUACCUUUGGGGAAGGGUUCAUAUUAUUCAUAUACGAGAAGAACACCACCGGAAAUAGCGUCUAUGUGAAGGAAUUGUCCUUCAGCCUCUUCUACCCCUUCGGCACAGCAGCUGUCAAGUACUCCCAGCGCAACGAUUCCCUGCAUCUGUUCGCUGCCCAGGUGGGUCACUCCUACUCCUGUAGGAACGAGUCCAUCUACAUGGGCAAGGGACUCUACCUGGACGUCAAUCAAGACCGGAUGCAGGCCUUCAACUUCACCAAAAGCAAUGAGUUUGGCGUUUCCGACCCCUGCCCGGCGGACGUCCCCACUUACAGCGUGGCCAUCGCUGUGGGGGUCAUCCUCCUGGUACUCAUCAUCGUCGUGGUGGUGGCCUACGUAGUGGGCAGAAGAAGGAGAGCCAACGGCUAUCAGGCACUUUGAGCUUGACCCCGUCCGGAGCGGCUAUGCUAUAUGCUAUAUCAAACUGCUCUGAACAAAGGCUACGCAAUUAUUAUUAUCUAAUUGGCUACGUUUGGUGACAGAAUUGACGUGACUGCACAAUUCAUAACCCAAUUCGAUUAAACCCCCUAAGACGAGGUGGGGUCCAUAGUUAGACGUAGUUCCAGAAGUAAGCAUUGCAUAUGUGUGUGAUGUGUCCACUUUUUCGACAACAUCGUGGAUCUUAACGUCCUAGUUUUUCUACAAUGCUCCCCCUUAGUGGCAUAAUGGAGCAUCAUUACGUCCUCACCAAUCACUGCUGGAUGACCGAAAUACGCAAACGCACACUCUGACACGGUUUCAUCUAUUUCAAAAUGUCCAGCUGCAAAUCUUUUUGAGUGGUUGAUUGUUUUGUUGUGAUAGAAUGUUGUGCUUUGAUAACCAAAAUAGAGUCAUAUAAUUUGAGCAGGGUCAAUGUGCUUGUGAUUUAAAAGGGAAUAAUGUAACGCAUGGUUUGUGUUAAGGGAACAUCAUUUCUUCGCGAAACCUUAUUGCACUGAGAUUAAUGCUCAUAACAAGCAGCCAGUGUCUGAAUGUAGCUUAAUGUGAAAACGAAUGUGCAUCUGCUAAUUCUGCCUGUCUUUAUUACUGUACAAACAACGAAACACAUUAUUAUUUUAAAAGUGCACUUUUGUUGCUAUGUUAUGUCCGAGAUUUCAGUCCAGCUUUUCACGAAAUAAAUCAGUUUAGGCCACUGACCAUUUUGUAAUAUGUCUUUCCCACUGAUAAAGACCAUUUAUAUACAGCCUCCCGUAAUCAUUUUUAAUAAAAGUACUCAGUCUGA